UCGCUCACGUUUUCCUUAUUUGGUUCUACGCACUGCUAUGUUGAGCAGCAAAUAUUUUUACAGCAUCUAUGAAAAUAGAGAUGCCCAGAUAGCUGUUCCUAUUCAAGUAGACAUUGACCCAGCCCCGCAGCAACCGAUCGCUAUGACGAGCCCGACGACAAUCAACCGUCGACACUGACAGUGACGUAUGUGUUUGGCUUUUCGGCGUGCGGGAAACCGGUUUCCAAAUUUUUGUAGUGCAGUUCAGUGGUUAAGUGCAAUUGUACGGGAGAAAAUAAGAAAAUUUAGCAAAACAGAAAGCAAAAACACAAAAUAAAACACCACCCAGGAAAGCGAAACGAACGAGUUGAAAUUCAUAAACAACACCGACGAUGGCUAAAAAUCGCGAAAUCAUACAGCUGCACGUGGGCCAGGCUGGCGUCCAGAUGGCAAGCGCUUGCUGGGAGCUGUACUGUCUCGAGCACGGCAUCUAUCCGGAUGGGAUGUUCUGCGACUGUUCCAUCUACGAGGACUGCAGUGCGUUCUUCAGCUGUGACCGGGCGGGUCAGUGUGUGCCGCGGGUGCUGCUGCUCGAUCUGGAACCGUCGGUCGUGGAUGAAAUCCGGAUCGGCACGUACCGGGAACUGUUUCAUCCAAACUCACUGCUAACCGGGUGUGAGGAUGCGGCCAGCAACUUUGGCCGGGGACACUAUCGGCUCGGUCAAACGAUGAUAGAGCCGGCGAUGGAUCGAAUACGCAAGCUGUGCGAGCACUGCUCGUCGCUGCAGGGUUUUAUGAUGUUUCACAGUGUUGGCGGUGGGACGGGUGCCGGACUGGGGACGCUACUGUUGGAGCGGCUUGGGGAAGACUUUGGCAAAACGUCCCGCAUGGAGUUCGACAUCUUUCCGUCGCCCAAGGUAUCGCCGGUUAUAGUGGAACCGUACAACGCUAUACUGGCGUCGCACGUCGCCAUGGAGCAUAGCGAUUGUACGUUCGUGCUAGACAACGAGGCACUGUACGAUGUGUGCGAUCGGAACUUGAACGUACGCGAACCAUCGUACACGAAUCUGAAUCGCUUGGUGGCGCAGGCUGUAUCGUGCAUCACGGCGUCGCUACGGUUUUCCGGCGCGAUCAAUGUGGAUCUGCUCGAGUUCCAGACGAACCUGGUCCCGUUUCCAAGGAUUCACUAUCCGCUGGUGACGUACGCACCGCUUGUACCGGGAAGUACGGCUCGGCAUGAGCAACCGACGACGGCCCAGCUCACGUACGAGUGCUUUGAACCAUCGAAUCAGCUCGUUAAGUGUGAUCCUCGUACGGGCCGGUAUAUGUCCUGCUGUCUGCUGUACCGGGGCAAUAUAGCGCCGAUCGAAAUUAAUCGUGCACUGCACGAGAUGCGCUCGAACAGUUCGAUCCGGUUCGUGGAUUGGUGUCCGACCGGGUUUAAGAUCGGUAUUAACUUUCAGGCACCGAUCGCGGUGCCCGGGGCCGAUCUGGCACGUUCCGAUUUGGCGUGCUGUAUGCUGUCGAACAAUACGGCGAUCAAGGCGGCUUGGACGAGGGUCGCCGACAAGUAUCAGCGUAUGUACGAUCGGAAAGCAUUUUUCUAUCAUUAUCUUGGGGAAGGUCUCGAAGAGCAAGAUCUUACGGAAGCGAUUGAAAACAUUCGCACGCUCAUAAAAGAUUAUGAGGAAAUUGAAAAAUAGUCGCAAGCUGUUAGACGCACGCAACGCAACUUAUAGUGCGCGUCAGGAGCCCUUUAAAGCUGGCUGCACAUUGUCGGGACUUCAUUAAAGUUCCAGCAAGUUGUAUUCGUACCAGAAUGUUGCGUUGUGUGGUGUUUGCUUUACUCGUCGCAGUCACCUUACCAGGUGUACCGACGGCACAGGCCAUCUGCACAGCAUCCAUAUCCGACGAUCGUGUUGCUGCCUGUGCCUUCAACCCAUUGCUACUGCUUGUGGAACGUUCCGGUUGGGUACUGUCCCGGCAGAACUGUGGUGAAACGGUCGGUGCGGAAGCGUUCGAUGUGCCACCGAUCAUAUACUUCGAUUACACCGAACCAAAGCAUCUCUAUACCGUGGUGUUUGUGGCCGAGCGUCUCCAUCAGACUCGCUCCACCGAUGCCUCCACCGAACGAUCGUUCUAUUUGCAGUGGCUGGUUGUGAAUGUUCCC